GGCUCCAGUGCGAGUGCUGGUGCAUGGCAAGCAGCUUCACAUUUUCUGUCAAUCCAUCCACCGCGGCUCUUAUGCCUGCGGACAGACCCACAACCGCAGUCUUCACAAUUCAGCAUCCUAGAUCAUGGAUGAAGACGCCACGCUCACCCACAGCAUGGUGAGUGUGGGCUACGAUGGCAGAGACCAGAAAUCACACGUGACCACCGCCUGCAAGGGUCGCCGAUGCGUCGUACGGAUCUCCGAGGACUACUUCUACAAAUCGCCGAUCACGCUGGAGACGUACACGGAGGUAACGCGAACCAUGUUCGAUGCAGACGAGGACCGCGCCACAUGUGGCCACGCGGCGGACCAGCUGUACCGGUGGGCGCUGCGGCCCUUCGAGGGCUGGAUGCAGCGGCUGGAGCAGCCCACCUACGAGGGCCCGUUCCCGACGCUGGCGCACUACCUGGACCCGCCGGAGCACCGGUGGAAGCUGUACGUGGUCGAGGAGGUACCCGAGCCGUUCCUGGACUACGACGUGCCGCCACGGCGGGAUCAGCAGCUGGGCGUGUGGCUGCCGCGCUACGAGCUGCACCCGGACUGGUUGCUGUUCAAGCCGGAAGAUAUUCUCGCUGCUCCGGCGGACGAUGACGAGGAAGAGCUUGAAAGGCCCCCUACGAUGGUCUGGCCGCGCAGCAGCACCAUGGCUGGCGAUAUGCCCAUGUGCUACUUCAAGCCCUUGCAGUGCUGGCGGUGGCAGCACGCUGUGCGCGAGAUGGAAACGUAUAAGGCCUUACACGAGGUCGAGGACUUCGACGAUCUGCGCGUGCCGCGGGUUUGUGGCCUUGUGACCGGGGAUAGAAAGGGCUCGUACCUCGGGCUGCUGAUCUCGUAUGUGGAGAACGCGGGGACGUUGGAGUCGCUCGUCGGCCCGGAGAUGCCGCUGGAAUAUCGACGUGAUUUUUUGGUCCAGCUGACAGAGACGCUGGAUCUUCUGCACGAGCUGGGCUUGACGUGGGGUGAUGCGCGGCCGUCAAAUGUAUUGAUUGAUCCUAACGAUGGCGCGUGGGUUGUGGACUUUGGCGGCGCGCAUGAUGAACCGCGUAUUGGCGAUUGGGUCAGCGAAAGACAUCUGCAUACGCAGUUAGGAGACCGUGAAGGCUUGUACAAUAUUACGCGCAUGUUGAUGGACGGCAUAGUAGAUAUGCCGUCCUUGCCGUUGGAUGAUGGUGCAAGCACCGAAGAAGAAGUAGAAGACGAAGAUGACGAAGAUGACGAAGAUGACGAAGAUGACGAAGAUGACGAAGAUGACGAAGAUGACGAAGAUGACGAAGAUGACGAAGAUGACGAAGAUGACGAAGAUGACGAUGAUGACGAUGAUGAUGGCAAUGAGGACGAAGAAGAAGAAGAGGAGGAGGAGGAGGAGGGAGAAACAGAAGAAGUAGAAGACCAUGACCAUGAGGAAGGACUGAAAGAACUGGCAGGAAUGAUGAAUUUCGGAAACUCAGAACAAUUGGAUGGAUCGUUUGAAAUCGGUGAAUUCGAAGACGACAACCGCUUAUUUUGGAGAGCAUGUGACCAUCCCCCGGGUGUUGAAUGACACUCGGUCCCGAAACCAUCCUCUCCAUUCUCUUCUACUUCCAUCUUCUGUCAACAUGUACAUCCUAUUUCACAUUUACAACUAGAUACCCCUCAAGCCAGUCCACAUGCGAUGUCGCAUCAUUUUUCAGGAGCAGCAUCUCGAAGUACAGUAUCCUCAGCUGCAAGACCACACCACCCCCAG